AUACGAUUUAUCAGCCAAAGCAGUACUCGGAAAAUGAACAGGCUCACAAGUAAGCCCUCAGUUGCAAGCCGGAGCGCGUUCGGCACCGCGCGGCCAGUCGUGGCUCCGCGCGUGCGUGUGGAGCGCGUUGUGGUCCGUGCCCAGGCUCCUGAAGCAGCGGAGGCACAGGCGGUGAACUCCAACGUGUGCAGCACGUGUGGCGCAGACAAGAGCAAGAUGCCCGGCGGGUGCGACGGGCAAGGCCGCGUCAUCGGCGGCAUGGGGGCACUGCCGGGGUUCGGCUGGUGGCCCAUCAAGGCCUACAAGCCCUGUCCCGCCCUCAACGAGGCGGGUCUGGAGUACACCCGGAAAGGCCAAAUGACGAAUGACGUGCUUUUCGGCGGCGUGAGCUUGGGCGCCCAGGGCGCCCAGAGCCUGGAAGAGAUCAAGAAGCAGGCGGACAAGGGCAUUAAGAUUAACUGAGGACAGGGAGGGCGGGGCCCAAGAAAUGCAGACUGAGACGUGGGCUGCUGUGAUGAGCAGCCUCCUUGGCAGGAACGUGGGGGCGUGAUAACAGCAGCCGGGGGCACGAGGGGGUUGACGCACAGGGCAUGCAGCUGCGCUGUUUUGAUGGGGGAGGCGCAGCGGACUGACAGUACGAGUGUAAGCGGCAUGUGGAAGGGUGUGUGCAGUGCGAUGCGGUACAUGAGAUGCAAAGGAGCAUGAUCGACAAUGGAAAUGUCUUGUAAUGUAGCUGUGUUGCUUGGCACAUAGUUUGGGGUCUACAAGUCGACUCACAGGCAACUGUAUUCAUUCACGACUUUGUGGCACGAACGAAGGCUCCUCUCCGC